UAUGGCUUCUAUGAACACAUUGAUGAGUAUCUAGAAUAUGAAGAAUUCUGUAACGUUGUUAAUAAUUAUUAUACAUAUAAUAAAGAAUGCAAAUCAAUUGGAAGUGAGGACGAUGCAACGCAAGAACGCGUUAAUAUUUGCAAAAGAUUUCAUUGCUUACUUGAAAAAAUUAGAAAAUCAACGUCUACACCAAGUAACACUACUAAAUACGCCUAUUUGGCAUACUUAAGUAGUUGGUUAAAUUAUGAAUUACUUAACAAAUACGCCGAAAUUGAUGCAAAAAACCUUCUUGGACUUAUGAUAACUGUGGAUACAGAUAAUAGAUUAUUUUUGAAUGGAUUGAGGAAAUGUAUGUAUGAUAUGGAAGAUAAUGAUGUAAAAAAUAUGAAUGAUCUAUACCUUUUAUACAAUAACUAUAAAAAAAUGAAUGAAAUAAUCAAGAGUAAUAUACCAAAUAAUAUAACCUUUAUGGAGUACUCUAAUGAUUUAGCUGAUAAAUACAAUGAAUUUGAAGAAAAAUGUUUGAAGGAAACAUCUUGUUCUAGAGCACUUUUUGCUUUCAAAGAAAAGCAUAAAAGCAUUAAAUUAAAAAUACAAGAAUUAGAAGACUGGGUAAAGAAAGUGUUACCAUCAUUAAGUACAUCUGCAAAUGCUCAAGAAAAUGUUUCAUCUUCGGAAAUGUUUGAGCCAAUAAAAAUAAAAGACGAAGGUAAUAUAAAAAAAAUGGAAUAA